CACACGACGUACGUACGUACAUAGUAUAGUAUUCUACGCCUUGUGGGUUUCAAUCUUCUUUUCCUCUUCUCACAACCACGGCAUCACCCAUCACCCAUUACUCUUUAUUGUCGCAGCUCUCCACUAAACUGUGAUGAGCGGCGCUACCGAGGCACCCACCCCCAACGCUGGCCAGGGCAACAUUGGUACUCCUGGUAGCCUAUCAAACCAAAAACGUCCGCUCGACUAUGGUGAGCAAUUGAAGGGUUUGUCCCCAUCCGACGAUGAGGAUCACCUGGACGAUACUUCAUUACCAGCAUUGAAGAAACGGAGAAGGGAUGGUUCUGAUAGCGGUCAUGAUUCGGAUUUGGACGACGGCGAAAUAGUAGAGUCGAGUCCAAAUAGCCCAGUACAUGUUAAAACACCUGCCCCUGACAACGUUACGCAUGAGCCUUCCGAGGAUGGUGAAAUUGGUAGCCCCAUGGCUAAGCCUCAGGAAUCUAAUGAACCGGACCAACCUUUCUUCAUCGAUAAGACUGGCGAUAAGCCUGUUCAGCAUUCGGGGUGGAAUCAAGGUUUGAGUCUAGGCGCAAGAACGUCAUUUGGAAAGCCAGCUGCGCAAUUAUUUCCCCCUUCUUCGCAGCGCGGUCAAGAUGGCGGUGGUGGCGAAAGAGAGGAAGCCGACGACGAUGACGAUGAACAGGACAGAGAUUAUGUGCCGCCCAUUGAAUCGAUUGAUGAUGAACCACGCGUCACAUUCACUGUCGAUGGAAGCACCUGGUAUCUCCCCCAUAUAACGUUUCGAGCUAAGAAGCAUUCUGUUCAUACAGCGGCCUUCUGCUACGACAGAAUUCAGACCUGGGUUAAUGCGUUUCUCGGAGCAAAUGAAAAGGCGCUUGAUCACGUAUCUACUAAAAUAAUCCGAGAAGGGCUCAGCAAUCACAUUAACCGCAAAGGAGGAGAUAAGCUCUUCAAGGGCACUAAAAAGCAUGCUGACGCUGCUACAAGUUCAGCUCAGAAAGCCAUAGAUGACCCUGGCCUCGAAGGUUUAAUUGAGAAAAAAAUCAGACAGUUCCGAACACGGAAAGCCAAGCCAGCAACACGCAGAAAUUCCAAAGAUAGUAAAGUUGCUCCAGCCAACGAGCCUAGCCAAGAUACUCUCCCCGUUGCAGAUAAACGAGAGGAGCGGGUACUAGAUGAAGAGGACGAACUGCGAGAACAGCGAAGAUAUUUCCCAUGGGCAGAGGAUCCCGCUCAGUACUGUCUAUCCUGUUCUGGAAUUGGGCAUCGUGCUCAUGAAUGUCCACAACGCAAAUGUAAAUUCUGCGGCAGUCGGGAGCACUCUUUGUUUGGCUGUCCCACAAAGCAAAGAUGCUCCAAAUGUCGUCAAUUAGGGCAUAGCAGCGCAAGCUGUGGGGAGAAACUUGCCCUCACAUUGGAUGAGCAAGACGGUUGUGCAAUAUGUGGUGCUGAGCAUGCAGAAGAAGGGUGCUCUGAAAUAUGGAGGAGCUUCGCUCCAAUUGCUAGUGUCAUCAACAAAGUCAAAGAUGUGCCAUCAUUCUGUUACACUUGCGGCGCCGCAGGCCACUACGGGCCGGAGUGUGGAUUACCGGAUAGGGGAGAUAAGGUGACAGGAAAAACGACAUGGUCACAGGCCAAUCGCCUUCUUUACAUGGACCAGAAUAGCGAGAAUAUUGCUAUCGCUUGGGUAGGUGUAGAGCAGAAGGAAGAUUUCCACAUUCUGGGAAGGGCUAAAAGGCAAACUCACACUCAUUUCGUCUCUAGUGACGAGUCAGAGGACGAGUUUGUUCACGCGCCCGUCAAAAAGUCUGAACCCCGAGGUCAGAUUAGAAUAGCAAGCAAUAUCGGGUCUUUGGGACAGAGUGGUAAUAAUGGCCGGCCGCGUCGUAGUAACGACCAGAGUUACAGGCGUCGGAACGAGGCAGAAUUUUCGCCUCCGCCUCCGUCGCCGUAUAGUCAAGGCAAUGGGGCUUCUUGGCAACCACCUCUUCCGCCAGGACCGCCGCCACCCUAUCAGAGGAAUGGAUACCAAGGAUCCUUACCAUCUGCGCCCACAUCUUUACCUCCGCGUCCGCCAGCCUACAAUCAGUCGCCUAGUAAAGGCGGUUCAGGCGGUUCAGGCGGUAGGGGUGGUCAUUUCAACCGAGGUGGGCGGGGUGGACGAGGUCGCGGAAGGGGCAGAGGACGAGGACAUUGAUUUUCUUACGUCAAUAGCAUGUUAAAUACCUGAUGUUAGGUGAGCUGUCCUCGUCGAGUGGUUGCACGAAUAGCCAUUGCCUAGAUGCCGAGUGGUAUGACCUCACGGCUGACUAGGCACCUACCUAGGGUAUAUCCGAUAAACUAAGACAUGAUGCAAUUGAACUUAAUAUAAAGCGUAUUCAAAACCGA